AUGAUGUUGGUCGAUAGGAUGUGCGCCCUUUAUCAAAUGGCCAAGGCUCAGGAGGGUGAGUUCUCCCGUCUGCAGGCAGAGAUGGCUGAGCUGAGACAAGCGGCGGCAGCCAAGGACAAAGAGAUGCAGUGCCUGGAGAGCCAUGUUCGUGAGCUCAAGGGGGACUACGACAAGGCGAUGAAGGCGGUUGAAUCACACAGAGCCAUGAAGACCCUGUACGUAGCACUAGCACAGCAACAAAUUAAAGCAAGAAAAUUAGAAGAAGCGGCCAUGGAACUCCGCUCUUUCCUCACACUCACUCUGCUCACUUAUCUCAUCCUCCUGCUACUCAUCCCAAACACUUCUGCUUCUCCUUCGUUUCACCGCCGCAAAUCUCUCGGCCGAGUUUCUACAUCUGACGUUGAUUAUCUAGAAUUCCCCCUAAAUUUAGAGUACCUGGAAGCUGAGUUCUUCUUAUGGGGCGCUUUGGGCUACGGACUCGACAAAGUUGCUCCCAACUUAACCAUGGGAGGCCCCCCACCCAUCGGCGUGAGAAAGGCUUAUCUCGAUUCCCUUACCAAAAAUAUCAUCACCCAGUUCGCCUACCAAGAAGUUGGCCAUCUAAGGGCGAUAAAGAAUGUCGUCCGUGGAUUCCCAAGGCCAUUGUUGGAUUUAAGCGCUGGAUCCUUUGCUAAAGUGAUGGAUAAGGCGUUUGGACGCAAGUUGCUUCCACCAUUCGACCCCUACGCCAAUUCACUCAACUUCCUUCUUGCCUCCUACGUCAUUCCUUACGUUGGACUCACUGGUUAUGUCGGAGCAAAUCCUCUCCUCAGCAGUGCUACUUCCAGGAGGCUCGUUGCAGGCCUUUUGGGCGUAGAAUCAGCCCAAGAUGCCGUCAUCCGAGCAUACCUGUAUGAGCAUGCUUACGAGAAGGUGCAUCCAUACGGAAUCACGGUUGCAGAGUUCACAAUCCGGCUUUCAGUCUUAAGGAACCAACUAGGGAAAGCAGGCUGGAAGGAUGAAGGGAUCGUCGUUCCACUGGGAAAGGGUGCAGAGGGAAAAAUCUCAGGCAACGUGAUCGUGGGAGAUGACUACUCAGUUUCAUAUGACAGGACGCCGGAGGAAAUCUUGAGAAUUGUAUAUGGGGGCGCAGACGAGCGUGUCCCCGGUGGUUUCUUUCCCAGGGGAGCUGAUGGCCGGAUUGCCAAAUCUUAUUUACACAGUGCUUAG